AUGUGGGCCUCAGAUGACAUGCGCUUAUGCUACGAAGUCCCCCAACUCUUUCAAGAGAAUUCACAGAACAAUGUUUUAAGUAAGGAGAUGCAAAAGCUAGCUAUUCGCUCCCAUGAUGCUGUGUAUUACUUUACUGAUUUGACAAUCGAAGAAGAUGUCAUGCGCGUUACUACUGAAACGGAUUGUAAGCACUACUGCUAUGAACAGGAAAAACUCAUUUGGCUUCAAAAUCAAAUUAGCAAUAUCUCAAUCCAAUACCAAGAUGUUGCAGCAGAAUCUGAGCAAGAAAUCAGGAGUAAAUUACUGGAAAACCUCUCUAACCUUCGGGAAAAGGCAACAUCAGUACAAACGCAAAUGUUAACGCAUGUUCGACAAGGAAAGUUAUGGGAGGAAACUAAGGACAUCUUAAGUGACUGUCAGCAAUAUCUCAAUGAUUUAGACCAUUUGAGACGUCCCAAGAUCUGCUGUAGCAUCCUCAAAACUACUGAUGCAGGCCCUGGAGUCGGCGUAAGUAACAUUGAAGCUCGUUUUAGAGAUGUUGAAAUCGCGAGAAUACACUCAUCAGACCGUGUUAAUAGAAUUCAUCGUGCUCCGGGAGACUCUUCUCAAAACGAGUCCGAGAGAUGCCCUAGUAGAUGGGACAGCUUUAAAAUGGGAUUAUUUUAGGCCCUUUGAUGGCCUCACAAAUGAUGAGAUCAAGAAACUAUCUGCAACACAAGUGAAAGAAAUAGAGGCGAUUUGUAUGGAGAAGAAUGCGUGGGAAGUGGCUAAACAAGUGACAGCCAUGGUCGACGAUGAACCUGGCCCUGGUAAAGAUUAUAUGAAAUGCUACACAACUACAACAUUGAAUUAUCAGUUCUUUUUUAACAAAUCGUAUCUCAUGAAGUAUGCAAAUGCUAAAACAGAUACUGCAAAACGUCAUGUUCCUGGAUACCACUACUUUAAGAAGAUAUAUUCAUUUAUGGAUGAACACUGUAUCAUUGGGGAGAUGUUCCUUGAAUAUCUUAAAGGAGCCUGUAAAGAAAAUGGGGAAAGUGGAACACUUUGUGACUUUUGCAGCACAAACAAACAAUGCUGUGAUGAGAUUGAUCAUGUUGCAAGGCCAUUUCCCAAUAAAGAAAGUGAUGGGCAACAUUAUCUUCCUUUGUCUAAAACACCAGCAAAAAACAGAGACAUUGACGAUUACAUGCCACAGGUACAGCUAAAGGCAGCAUACACAUCAGGUCAAUGCUGCUUAGAUGAUCCAACUAGCAUCUCAACAUUUUCCAGAAAGUUUGUUGUGGCAGAGGGAUGCGUGAAAAACUAUUUGAAAUUGCUGAAUCUUAAGAAAGAUAAAAGAAAAAAGGAAAGAUUAGCUAAAAAGUCAGCUGAGGCAAGUAAGACAUAUCAUGAGUAUGAUUGGAAUGGAAUGUUCAAAGAUGGUUCUCUUAGUAAGCAGACGAAAGCAGUUCUUGAUAAGUACUUGAAGCAGCAUGGACUUCACGUUGCUUCAAACAAACAAGGGAUGGUGAUGGAGGUUCAGAGACACAUUAUUGAACAACAAAUACAAGACUCUACGGAAGAAGAGGAAAACCCACCAUGCAGUAGUGAAGAUGAAGAAGAGUACUUGUCUUUUGAUGAAGAAAACGAUGAAAGAGACUAUGUGCUUGCAGAGAUUGGCUCGAGUUCACAAGAAGAUGAAGACGAUGUUCAGAUCACAGUGACAACUACAAGAUCUGGUAGAAGGGCUACUCGCUAUUUGCUUUGA